GGGCUGAUUGGUUGGUGUCGGGUUGAGCCGAGACAACAUCGCUGUGGGCGGAACUCGGCGGGCAACAACAAGUGUCUGGGCCGUGUGGAAUGGACAAGUUGAAGCGGGUUCUGAACGGGCGGGACGCGGAGGACCCGGGGCCCCUGGCUGAGGUGGUUGAUGCAUCUUCCUUAAGCUGGAACACAAGAAUAAAAGGCUUCAUAGCUUGUUUUGGUAUAGGAGUUCUGUGCUCUAUUCUGGGUACUGGCCUACUAUGGAUUCCCAGGAAAGGAUUAAUCUUGUUUGUAGUAUUUUACACGCUGGGAAAUAUCUCAUCCAUUGGAAGUACCAUUUUCCUCAUGGGACCUAUGAGACAAUUGAAAAGAAUGUUUGAACCCACUCGUUUGAUAGCCACUAUUGUUAUGCUUCUGUGUUUCUUAUUAACGCUAUGUUCAGUUUUCUGGUGGGAAAAAAAGGGACUUGCCCUAGUCUUCUGCGUUUUGCAAUUCUUUGCCUUGGCAUGGUACAGCAUUUCCUACAUACCAUUUGCAAGGGAUGCUGUGAAGAAAUGCUUUGCUGCAUGUCUCACAUAACAGGCAAGCAAACAACUUGGCCAACAAGAUACAGUUCACCUCUACACACUGAAAUCUCACAUGGAGGACUAGAAGACUUGCACAAUCAUAUGACCUUCCUGUCUGCACCCAUUCAUGCAGGAGCACAACUAUUAAACUUGCUAACUAAGUCUGUGAGCUACAGGACAAAGCUACCAAAUACUGUGCUCCCAAGGAUAAUGUCUUCUGUGUUAAGAAGCCCCGAGAUCAACUAAUCAUUCCUUUCACUUGCUUAGCCAAGCUAUUGUGUUACUUUGGUGCAAAGUUGUCUACUUCUGAUUAUGCAGUUUUGUUAAUGAAAUGGAUGUUACGGUAAUCCACAGUAGAUAGGAUUUGAAAUUGCAGCUUCCUGUUUAUACAUUUUUGACUUUCAGGGGUCCAAAGAACCACCUACACAUUGAGUAUUGCAACUAGUUAAGAACAUGGUGGAUUUUCUGGAGCUUUAAAUUGUUUUUGUGUCAUAUUUUCUAGAAUUCAUUGGUUGGCUCCCAAUGUCCUUUGUUUUCAACAACUCUUAGAACUACAAGGGAACUUAGUGGAGCUAAGUUAAUGUCUUCUAACAGAACAGCAAGUGUAAUUCCUUAUUAUAAUAUAACUGUGCAUUAAUACUGAAUCAUGGUCUGACCAGCAACAGAAGAAGCAAUGAGUGGAUGCAAGUGGGAAUCAUAAAAGUCAACAAGUGCCCUUCCAUUUCCGCUAAAAGUUCACUGCAAUCCAUUUAUGGUCUCUUAAAAUCCCAUAAAAAGCCUGGAUCUGAAAUAACACGAAGACCUCUCGGCCUUAAUGCUAAUAUUGCCUCAUGAAUUAUUUCUCCACCCCUGCUGCCGCAGUUUUAUAGUUGGUGAAAUAUGACUUCCUACAGAUCAACAGCAGACUAUAGUCUAUAUAUAGAAGGGAUCAUAUUGCAUUUUUAACUCCCUUUUUUCCAUUUCACCUUCAUAUUUGAUUUCUGUUCACUUUGGCUGCUUAACCUAGACCUUUUCCUUUUUGGAGGGGGUUGUAUUAGGUUUCAUAUUCUGGUUUCCAAAUAGGAUAAUAUCAUGUAAUGAUUUUAGCAUGCUCCCAGAAAUUGGAGAUCUUUGUUACAUUCCUUUUCUCUGAAAUGUUGUCAUAUUAACUAAUUUUGUCUCCAUGUAAUAAGGAAUGAAACGUGUGUGUGCACGCGCAUACACACACACACAUGUGUACACACUCUGAGAAACUUAACUGAGAGUAUUUGAGUAACUAGUCUCUUUAGUGCUUGUGUCUUUGAAUUUUCUGUGGCAUACUUUGAAAUAAUUGAUAAGCUAUAGAUGUUUGGUUCCAGAAGAAAAGGGCCAAUAACCAAAUUUCAUGUUUGUAGAACUUAUUCUCUCAGUUCUUGAUAACUUCCACUCUGCGCUUUCCCAUAAUUUGAAAGGGACUAGCACAGUGUAUCUGAGCAUAGAAGUUUCCCUGAACAACUCAGGAGUACGAGGAUUAUUCUUAGUUUUGUACAUACUGGAUCCAAGGUUUGUAUGUGCAUAAUUGGCUAACUGCAGAUUUUUCAUUGGAUGUCAGCUUUUUAUAACCUGGAGCUUUUGGAAGCUUAUUUAUACUAUGCCAUUUUGCCAAGCAAGCAGAUUUAGAGAUUUACAAAAUUAGACAUGCAUGAGGGUUUUGUUUUUGUUUUGUUUUUUAAAAAGGACAGGAUUCAAGUAUUGCAUCUCUGAUGUCAGUAAGCUACAAAAAAGUUAUUUUUAAAAAAAAUUCCUUGAUUGCAGUUCUCAGCCACUUUAUGAGAAGCCAUUGGAAAGCUGGAUUUUAUAAAUCAUGUUUGCAUUGCAUAUGAAUAAAAAGGGCUGGGAAAAUCAAGAUUUGACUAUAUUAAGGUUAGGGGUACACUCUUGAAGAAUUUCUAGAGUAUCCUGUUACUUUUAAUUUCUGCUCCAUGUAUGAUUGCUCCCCAACAUGCUACCAUCUUCAGGAUCCUUACCAUUAUUGGUAGUUACAGAUUGGAUUGUCCAGAGCUACACAUGAUAGUUUUAAAGUCAGAGCACAUAUAUGUAAGAAUUAGCAUGACCUUAGUGGUCCCAUAUGAACACAGGUUCUGGUUGUGGUAACCCUAAUUAUAUUGUAGAAGUAUUUCACAAGUGAAUCAUUGCUGUAGAGAGGAGAAAUGCCUGGUGUCAUAAUCAUAGACCUUUCUCAGAAGUUUUGGAUGUUUCUUGAACAGAAAACAAUAAGAGGUUAAGUGUAAACUCAAGCUCUUUCUGAAGAGUGAAGUACCUAAAUCCUUUAAGAACUGUCUUAAAAUACCUGGCCAGAUAUCUUACUGGCCUACCUUUUAGGCGCAAGACAAUAGUUUCUUCAGAAAAUUGAAAGCAAUUUAAAACAGGGAUUGCUGCUUGUGAUGUGCGCAUUCAUCUAACUUUCACCUCUAGCAAAAUAGUAUUUGACUGGAGGGUAACAGGGAUUUAAAAAAUAUGCAUGCAUGCACUUUGUGAGAAGCACUGUCUGUCUCAAAUAACUUGCAGCCCUCUCAAACUUUUGUGUGUCUCCUGCAUCGCUUACUGAUCCUGCAGAACAUCGAAUAGUACCAAACUUAGAAAAGGAGGCCUUCAAGUGCCAUGCUAGUAUAUUGCUUCAACUUUAGAAAUCUUUGGAACAAAAACAUUAGCAGUCUUGUCUAGCUUUCCUCUCUGUAGCAAUAUGUUCAUUUUAGGAGGAGAAUGGGAGUUCUUUUCACAAAUCAAAGUUGUUAGGUUUUGGAUAAUUUGUGUACCUGUUUACAGAAUGUGAAGCUAUAGGAUCAAUAGUUAACUCUUGUAUAUUUAGUGCAUUGAGACACACAAGCCAGCAAAGAGUUUCUCUUAAAAAACUAAAAUACAUAACUAUGAAAUCUACUUCAAAUAUUUACGUUGAUGAUUUCUAGUGGUAUUUUUUCUUCGUAAAAUCUGCCUUAAACUUGAGUAACUUUCACAUUUUAACACUUAUGUUCAAGAUUAAUAAAUAAAUAAAUCACAAUUUUUAAAGGCAUUGAGGAUACCAGUAAAAGCAUCUUUGAAUUAUGACAGGAUUACUUUUACUGGGAAAUACAGAGCUGUGCUUAAUGUGCAUGAAGGGAGCAAGGCGGAGUUGCUGGUAUCUUUAUGCAGUUGAUUGGCCUAAAUUCCCAAAGUCUUCAAAUUUAUCUCAAUACUGAAUCAAAUUUGGGCUGUUGUUCAGUCUUGUUGUUCUGGGAUAAGGCAUUUUUGAAAAUUACAAGAAAGGAGUAGUUAACCUGUUUUCUGAUUUUCUUGUCCUAUGUUUAUAUUUUCACUUAGUCAAAAUUAUCUGGUAGCUUUUUACUACACUAUAAUCCCAUAACACAGUUUAAUAAAACCCAAUCUUUGCCUUAACUGCAAUUAUCAGUGUCAUAGUUUAAGGUCUCAUCCACUAAAUUUAAGUGGUCUCUUCAAGAUGUCCUUUUUUUCUGGAAAACAAAGAAGUGCCUAACAUUGAAAUGUAACACUAUUGCAUUAAUAGGGACUUUUGUAAUCCUUUUUGACUUAUCAGCUUGAAUUAACAUUCCAUUUUUUGUACAUUUCUUGGCUAUUGUAUGCUGGGUGGUUUUCUGCCUUAGGAAAAAUACCUCUUUGUAUGAACUCUUUUACUGCACAACUCCUUCUGUAAUAAAAACUUUUCUCAACACAA